GCAAAAAUCAUCUUCAAUUUAAUAUACUAGAAAACGAAGCAUGUCUAUGGUACCAUCAUCAUCACUUCCUGUUUUCCCCCACGAUGCCAAACCCAACUCAAACUUCACUCGACAAAUUGCAGCUUUUCAUCCUUCCAUUUGGGGGGAUUAUUUCCUUUCAUAUGAUUCUACUUUUCAUGAAGAUGAUAGCGACAUCCAACAAGUUACAAAAUUAAAAGAAUAUGUGAGGAAGAUUAUUGUCUCUCCUAGGCCUGUUUUUAAGGAUAUCCUCUUUAAAUUAAACAUCAUCAACUCAGUCCAACGUUUGGGUGUUUCUUAUCAUUUUGAACAUGAAAUUGAUGAGGCAUUGCAUCAAAUUUAUGAGAUUUCAACAAAGGAGAACAAUAUAAUAAGUUACAAUGAUGAUCUUCAUCAUCUCGCUUUACUCUUCCGGUUGCUUAGACAGCAAGGAUAUCGUAUUUCGUCGGAUGUAUUUUGCCAAUUUAAGGACAAAGCAGGAAAGUUUAAGGAAAGCAUUGUGAAUGACGUAGAAGGAAUGCUGAGCUUGUAUGAAGCAUCCCAAUUAAGAUUCCAUGGAGAAGAGAUACUGGAAGAGGCAUAAAGUUUCACUCUCAUUGAGUUAACCAAGUCAUUAACUACCAAAUUAAGCCCAUUUCUUUCUGGGUUAGUGCACCAUAGCAUAGGACAAGCACUUCGCAAGGGAAUGCCUAGGUUGGAAGCAAGAUAUUAUAUAUCUUUCUACCAACAAGAUCCCUCACAUAAUCAAUGUUUGUUAACCUUUGCAAAACUAGAUUUUAAUAUGUUGCAGAAGCUCCAUCAAAAAGAAGUCAGCAGCGUGACCAAGUGGUGGGUUAAAGAUUUGAAUGUCUCGACCAAUUUUCCGUUUGUACGUGAUAGGAUUGUGGAAGGUUGCUUUUGGAUUGUUGGAGUCUAUUAUGAGCCGCAGUAUUGUCUAGCUAGAAUAAUACUGAGUAAAGUAGUUGCCAUGAUAUCCAUAAUUGAUGAUGUGUAUGAUGCCUAUGGAACCAUUGAUGAACUAGAGAUUUUCACCAAUGCAAUAGAAAGGUGGGAUAUCUCCUCAUUGGUUGAUCUCCCGGAAUAUAUGAAAUUAUGUUAUAAGGCACUUUUGGAUAUUUUUGAAGAAACAGAGCAGCAGUUGAGCAUGCAAGGAAAAGAAUACUUCGUCAAGUAUUCUAAAAACGAAGUGAAAAGAUUAAUCCAAGCAUACCUUAGUGAGUCAAGAUGGUUUCAUACAAACCACACACCAACAGUAGAAGAGUAUAUGAAAGUUGCAACUGUGACAAGCACUUAUGCUAUGUUGACAACUGUAUCUUUCUUGGGCAUGGAAGACACAACAGAGGAGGUCCUCAUAUGGGCAACGAGUCACCCAAAAAUUAUUGAAGCUGCUUCAAUUAUUUCUAGGCUCAUGGAUGACAUUGUUGGAAGUGAGUUUGAGCAUGAAAGAGGCACGUUGUGUCAGCGUAGAUUGCUAUAUGAACAAUAUAAUAGUUCAAGGCAAAAUGCGAUUAAAGAACUGCAUAAGUUGGUGGAGAGUGGUUGGAAGGAUAUUAAUGAGGAAUGUCUUAAUCCUACUCAAGUACCAAUGAAGUUUCUCAUGCGUGUUCUCAACCUUGCACGAAUGAUGAACGUCCUUUACAAAGAACAAGAUAAUUAUACACUCGGAGGAAUAAUGAAGGAUUAUAUCAAAGCUUUACUAGUUAAUAAGGUGCCCUUGCAAAUAAGCUAAGGCUUAUUUCUUUCAUGUAUUGGAUUUACUAUUUCUUGAAUUUCUAUAAU